AUGAUUGUUACAAAAAUUAUCGGCAGUUGGAACUGGGCAAUCAACGCUACCCAGCACUUUUCAUCCUCAAGCGGUCUCAUUCAUUUGGUAUCUCGCAUUUUGGAGAACCAGUCUCUGCUCUUACCGCAAACUGUCGAAAAAGCCGCCAAGGCACCGAGACUACUUGCAAGCGGCAUUCAGGACAAGAUAAACUUGUUCGACAGUGUAGCCAAAAUAACUGAAGUGUCAGAAACCAAAGACGUGCUCUUAGCAACUUCCAAAAGACAUUUAGAGUCAACAACAAUUGUUACUGGCUCUAGAUUAACACUGGGAAGUGCACGAAGUUUCACAAUUAUGUUCAGCUACUUCACUAGCAAAUGGGCAUUAGGCGCCGUUAUCACAGCUAUUGCUCUGAACAGAACCAAUGUUUAUGCCAGGACUAGAUGGAACCUCAAUCUCUCAUGGAAAAUGCGACUAAUAAUUCGGAUACCAGUUAUUGUUCUUUUGUCGGCUCACUGCCGAAAUAUUUUGCUAUCAAUUCAGUGCCAAACAUCACCCGAUCUUGCUAUUUCUCCGAGGGGAAAUAUGUCACAUCAGUUAGAAAAAAUGUUUACACAGAAUGGGGGCUUCCUUUAUGACCUCAGCACCAAGCUUCUACUUGGUGUCAAAGGUACAAAUUCAUGUUUGUCUACAGGUAUGGCAAUAUCUGAACAGGAUGCAGGAGUCGAUAAAUCAAGCUUGCAUGACAAUAUCACGUUGAAUGGAUUUAAAGGAUCUUUAACAUUGCUUUGGCCGCUGUUUAAAAUAUUUGCUUUGAGUCAUUUCACAGAGACAUUUUCGUCUGCAGUACAGGGUCGACAGCAGGCUGGAGAAUUUGGGAUUUCAAUAUUUGAGCAUUCCCUUGCCUUCAUAGAGGCAGAAGUCAUGGCUGGAAACGAAUUAGGCAACAUAAAUUUUGGAUUAUUUAGAACAUAUUCAUCUUGGACGAACUCAACAAAUACAAAUGACCACCCUCUGAUGUUGAGAAAAGCUAAUGUAAGUCUAGAAGUUCUUCUAGUGAGCUUCAUUUCAGCCAUGAAUCAUCUUACAAGUCAUAUCUUGGCGAUAUUUGAUAUGCAAGCCUGUUUCCGACUGCUGAAUACAGGAACCUGGGGACUUGCCUAUAUAUCAGUAAUCAUAACCAGUAUCUUAUCAUUCUCAAUCCAUGAAGCCACAAAUCAAAGUCUCCUUCGUUUCCCCACAGUUUAUCUCAUAAGUUUUAUACCCCACAUUCUCAUGCUUUGUGGUAUUUUUGGAUGUUCGUUAGUUUAUAUUAUAGCUUUGACGCUAACGGCUUUUGUUCCUUCUGUAUGGGUAGAAGCAGAAGAAAUACUUCCUGUAUCAGGACGGUUUUUUCGUGAAAGACUAACUGCAGCGCACCAGAAUAUGCAAGCAAACGCAUUCCUUUCAAAUAUUCGAUUAGAUCUAUGCAUGGAUUUUUAUACUGCGCUGCUGCGUAUAGGGUUCUCCAUCAUGACUAUGGCUAGUGAGGCUAUAUAUCUCAAUGAAAGUAGAGCUAUCAGUAUCAAGCAGCGAACUUGGAUCGAGGAAGAUCGGCUUAACGAAAUCGAAGCUACUGGAUUAGAAUGGCCCGGGAUGAAUUUUGGAACACCUGUCACUAAUUUAAGCAUGACAAGUAGUGGAUAUCUUAAUGACAAUGGCCAAGUUAGAGUCAAAUCCUUGCCAGAAACCGAUCGAAUUCGAUUAUUUUCCGGAUAUGCGUGCGAGCUUACCACAAAGACCCAAAAGCACGGAGAGAAUCGACAGGUUAGGACUAGUACAGCUGAUCGAAAUAGAAAAUGGUAUACAACGUUUGAAUUCUGGUUAAAUCUUAGCAACCUAUUACUUUGCUGUAUUGCAUCGUCUCUACUAUGGAUCAUGGCUAAGUUUGGUGUGCAAAAUCAACCUCGGUGGCUACGGAGAAUCAUUCCUACCCAAAAUAGAAAAUCUAAUAAUGUUAGAGUAAACACUCAAUUCAACGUAGAACUACUUCACCCUGGGCUCGUGGGUCUAGAUGGAAAGUUAGAGAUUGUCAAUGAAACUAGUUUGGAUGUUGAGGAAGAAUACAGGAGGUUAUCUCAAAAAAAUAAGAAAAACUGGACUGAAAGGGAUGAAAAUGAUCUAGAAGUUAAUCUUUAUAAAUGGUGGCUGGCUGGCGGAUGGUGGGGCGAUAAUGACAACAGUGGAAAUUACAUUCCAAAGCCUUUUGAUGCAGACGAAGAUAAGACCAGUAUAGCAUCAUCUACAACUGAUGAGGAUGUAGCCUGGGAAUCCGACGGUACAGAUGAAGGUUUUCAUCAUUCAACCCCCCGAAAAAGAUAUCUUAGCUCGAAACUAUCGACAACUUCAAUUGAUUCAGCCUUAACAACAUCCGAUCUAUUCCAACUAAUAAAUCCCAAAACUCUAGAGCAACGCGCUCAGACUGAAAUCCUCUCCACCCAUCUCUCAACCAAUGAAAUUGUAACACGGUCACGAUACAAACAAAUCAAACAAAGAUCACGCACAGAGGUUUUGACUUCCACUAAUAUACGCCCCCCAAACUUUGUCCCAUCUGCGUCGAGUGGCAAACUCAGUCUUGAAGAAGAAGCACAGAUUCUUGAGUAUUUACUUAUAACACGACGUAAUGCUAGUCUUCAGCAAAAGUCUUUUGUAUGGACUCGUGAUUCUGAUCAGACAAACGAUGCUGGGCCAGUAUGUGUCAUAUGCCAGAGCUUGCCACGCUGUACAAUAACUUGGCCUUGUAGAUGUAUUUCUCUCUGUAACGAUUGCCGAAUCACGCUCGCCAUGAAUAACUUUGACAAGUGUGUUUGUUGUCGACAGCAAGUCAUAGGCUUCUCUAGAAUAUUCGUGCCUUGA